CGCUCACCGUAGUCAAGUGUCAGUGUCAUGGCGACUGUCGUCCGGCUCAGGAACUUUUUACGCGUCAAACUUUUCGAACCAAUGUGUUCUCCGCGGCCCUGACAGCUGGGACGUUUCGAAGACAGGCGACCAGAAGGCGCAAAUACGAACUUGCAAGAUGUGAACGUUUUCGCCCGCCGACGUUAACCGCUGCAGGGAUGCAUCGCCGAUAGCCACACGGAAGCUAAGCUAGCCGCGCAGCAGCCGGACUUGUUGCGGGACUUCCGAUGUCUUACCGGGCAGGAAACCGCCUGUAACUCUUCAGAGGAACUGCUUUUAUUUGUGUGGCGGUUUGGUGCAUUUCGACGAUGUGUCGUUUUCUCCGCUACUGCGUGAGCCACUGCCUCCACGCGGCCAUGACCCGGCUCGAGGAGGUCAACGGCGAGGUGAGCAUGUGGUCGUCGGUCCGGUGGCUGGGCUACCUGUCGGGCCUCAACCUGCUGCUCGCCCUGUGCCUGGGGCUCUACGCCCGCUGGGAGAGCGCCGCCGAGGCCUUCCUGCUCGUCGUCUUCGUGCUGGCCCUGCUCGUGCUGGCGGCGGCGUGUGUGCUGCACUACCGCUGCGGCAUGGAGAGGCUCAGCCUCGGCCUGCUGCACCUGUGGCUCGGCUUCCUGCUCGGCGUGCUCUGCCUCGUCAACAGCCCCGCGCUGCGCGGCGACGCCAAGGAGCGGGCGGCCGACUACCUGCUGCUGGCCAGCGUGCUGCUGCGCACGCUGUGGGCGCUGCUGGAGCGGCUGCUGGGCCGCGCCAGGUACCGGCCCGCCUUCCUCACGUCGGCGGAGCGCCAGGAGCUGGCGGGCUUCGCCGUCGCCAGCGCGACGCUGCUGCAGCUCCACCAGGCGCUGAGCGUCGCGGCGCUGCUGGCGGCGCUGGCCGCCGUCAUGGUCGCCCUGCGGAUGAAGGCGGCGCUGGCGCUGCCCGGCCUGCUGUGCUUCGCCGCCGUCACCGCGGCGCUGUUCUUCGACGCGCUGCGCGUGCCCGUCAACCCGUGCGCCCUCGCCUGCUUCUUCAGCCAGCUGCUCUGCGACCCGCUGCUCGACGUCUACUUCAGCGGGCUGUCCGUCACCGAGCGCUGGCAGCCGUUCCUGGUGUGGAGGGGCCUGUGGCGCCGGCUGUCCCUGCUGCCGCUGCUGCUGGUGGAGGCCACCUUCGUCGCCCUGGCGUCGCGCAGGCUGGCGGACGUGGGCCGCUGGUACGUGGCGGUCCCCGGCUUCGCGGCGUGCGCGCUCGUCUGGUGCGCCUGCCACCUGGUGUUCGUCGUGGCCGUGUGGGGCUUCCACACCAAGCUCGGCGAGUGCCAGGGGCUGUGCCUGGCCCAGGGCUCGGGGGUCGGCGGGCUGGCCAAGGUCAUGGCCUCCAAGGGCAUGAGGCACUUCUGCCUCAUCUCCGAGCGCCUGGUGCUCCUCACGCUGCUCACGACUGCUGCCGUGGCGGCUCUCUGUUGGCAGGCCUCCAGCAGCAUCUUCGUGAGCGUGUUCCUGCUCGUCCUGCCCCUGGAGUCUCUGUUCCACGGGCUCUUCCACGAGCUGGGGAACAGCCUGGGAGGAACCUGUGUGGGCUACGCUCUGGUCAUCCCCACCAACUACUGCAGCCCCGGCGGUCAGCCCAUGCUGCUGCCUCCGGACCAGGUGCAGGAGCUGAACAGACGCUCCACGGGCAUGUUGAACAACGUGCAGCGCUUCUUCGCCCACCACCUGAUCGAGACCUUCGGCUGCGACUACUCCACCAGCGGCGUUACAGCGGAGGCUCUGCAGGCCAAGAUCAAAACCUUCAUGGACCUGCGCACGGCUGACGGGCCUCGCCACGACACCUACGUGAUCUUCUACAGCGGCCACACACACAGGAGCGGAGAGUGGGCACUGGCAGGAGGAGACACUCUUCGCCUGGACCACAUCGUGGACUGGUGGCGGGAGAAGAACGGCAGCGUCUGCUCGCGCCUCAUCCUGGUGCUCGACUGCGACGACUCGCUGCCUUGGGUGAGGGAGGUCAGGAAGGUGGAGGGCCCGUCGUACGUGGCCGUGCAGGGGGCGACGCUCGCCAGGGUGACGGACGUGGAGCUGCAGGACCCCCCACAGCUCGGAGACUUCACCUCCCAGUGGGUGGAGUACAACUGCAACUUGAACAGCGGCAUCCAGUGGUCGGAGAGGGGCCGGGCGGUCUCGGCCGCCUACGGCAUCUCCAAACACUGGAGCGACUACUCGCUGCACCUGCCGUCCGACAGUGACGUCGCGAACCACUGGGGCAUGUACUAUCCCCGGGUGACCUACCCGGUGGUCCAGUUGGCGUUGUGGUGCGGCAGCAUGAACCUGCUGUGGAUCUGCAGCGCCUGCCUGCGAUGUCUGAAGAGAGUCAAGCUCAACUGGUUCCCACCUGCUGUACUGGACACUGGCCAAGGCUUCAAACUGGUCCGAUCUUAGAAAUAAGAGCAGGGAUCAUUUUUUAUAUAGUUUAAUUUAUUUCACACAGAGCACACGUGAAAUAAGACCGGAUCAUAAUCUCGUCACUAACCAGUAUCCUUUUUGUUUUUCAGUUACUGCAAAGCUAAUCACUUCGUUACUGAUGCAUUUUAAGCGUUUUUUUAUACUCUCUUGAUUUUUAGUGAUGUGUGAUGGAGAGAUCCCUGUCAUUUGGAGACUGAGCACAUUUACAAUUUUGCACAUUUUUGCAUUUUGUAUUUACUGUUAGAUACCUUCACAUGGUGCCUUUUACCAUUAAAAUCACCAAAGAACAACGAGUUCACUAGACCGACCUCUUCAGAGGCUGCGGUACAUGUUCAGAGGAAGAUCUCAGGCAUAAAUUAUAUUCCAAGACCUUUUUUAGAGCUAAGAACUUCAUAUUAUAUUUUUUGAUAGCUAAAUGAUUCUUCUUACACUCUUCCGUGUUCUAUGCACUGCUUUGUCUGUUGUGAUGACAUUUUCUAAUGCUUUUUGAGCUUGAUUUUUUUAUAUCGGCUGUCGCUGCUUCAGGGAGUCCAGAAAGAGUUUUUUAGAUGCACUGGUGAACACAGCACAAGUUGAGAUGUGAGAACUAAUAUAUUUAUCUCUCCAUAAACCCCAGAAGGUUUUCUAUCUGAAGUUCACUAGGCUAUGCAAGAUUUUUGUCUUGAGUGUUUGCCAAUGGAUCAGCUGUGAGAAAACAAGAUGAAGAAUGGAAACUAUGCAAUAAAAGACAAGUGGGACUUCA